UGAGGCGACGAGGCCGCGGCGGGGCGCGAGCGCCGCAGGUGACCCGGGCGGGGAGCCGGGUGCGCGAGCGGCGGCUGAGGAGCCGCAGGCUGGAGGCGGGCCCUCGUUCGGCUCCGCGCACGGCCUUGGCGCUGCGGGCUGACGAGACGCGGCGAGCUGAGGCGGGCCGAAGGUGUGGGGCACCCACUUGACGGCCGGCGGCGCCCCCCGCCCGGGCCCUCGGCAUGUUCCGCGAGGCGAGGGUUCUCCUCCCGCCCGUGGGCUGAGGCGGCAGCGGCGGCCACAGAAACGGGAUGCACUUGCGGGGCGCGGCUUAAAAGACGCGGCGGGCGGGAAUUGCGGGCCGCCCACGGGAGGGCUUUCGUCGCCCGGCCCCUGCCGCCGCUGCCUCCCGCCGCCACCGCCGCCGCGGGCCCGAGCCGGAGCGGCGGGGUGGGCGCCCCGACAUGGCGGCCCGGAGCGCCCCGAGCUGCCACCUGCGGCUCGAGUGGGUGUACGGCUACCGGGGCCACCAGUGCCGCAACAACCUCUUCUACACGGCGGCCAAGGAGAUCGUGUACUUCGUGGCGGGGGUCGGCGUGGUGUACAGCCCGCGGGAGCACCGGCAGAAGUUCUACCGGGGCCACAGCGACGACAUUAUCAGCCUUGCAUUGCAUCCUGAACGAGUAUUGGUAGCAACAGGGCAAGUUGGGAAAGAGCCUUAUAUCUGUGUUUGGGAUUCAUAUACCGUGCAGACCAUAUCAGUUCUAAAGGAUGUUCAUACGCAUGGUAUAGCCUGCUUGGCAUUUGACUUAGAUGGACAGCGCUUGGUUUCAGUUGGACUCGAUUCAAAGAAUACAGUUUGUGUUUGGGAUUGGAAAAGGGGGAAAAUGUUAUCUAUGGCUCCUGGUCACACAGAUAGAAUAUUUGACAUUUCUUGGGAUUUGUACCAGCCAAAUAAACUUGUCAGCUGUGGUGUAAAACAUAUCAAGUUCUGGAGUUUAUGUGGAAAUGCUCUGACCCCAAAGCGAGGUGUCUUUGGUAAGACUGGUGACCUUCAGACAAUAUUGUGCCUAGCCUGUGCAAGGGAUGAGUUGACAUAUUCUGGCGCACUCAAUGGAGAUAUAUAUGUUUGGAAAGGAAUCAAUCUUAUACGAACGAUACAAGGAGCCCAUACUGCAGGCAUUUUUAGCAUGAAUGCUUGUGAGGAAGGCUUUGCUACUGGUGGCAGAGAUGGCUGUAUUCGUCUUUGGGAUUUAACUUUUAAACCAAUUACUGUGAUUGAUCUCAGGGAAACAGACCAGGGAUACAAAGGUUUGUCGGUGAGGAGUGUUUGUUGGCGAGGUGACAACAUUCUAGUUGGAACACAGGACAGUGAAAUUUUUGAAAUUGUGGUACAUGAAAGAAAUAAACCUUUCCUAAUUAUGCAAGGGCACUGUGAAGGGGAACUCUGGGCACUUGCUGUCCAUCCUACUAAACCCUUGGCUGUGACCGGAAGUGAUGAUCGUUCGGUCAGGAUUUGGAGCCUAGUAGAUCAUGCAUUAAUAGCAAGGUGUAAUAUGGAAGAACCAAUUCGUUGUGCAGCUGUAAAUGUAGAUGGAAUCCAUCUUGCUCUUGGAAUGAAGGAUGGCUCAUUCACUGUACUUAGAGUAAGAGAUAUGACAGAAGUUGUACAUGUUAAAGACAGAAAGGAGGCAAUUCAUGAAUUAAAAUAUUCACCAGAUGGAACUUACCUUGCUGUUGGAUGCAAUGACAGCUCAGUUGAUAUCUAUGGAGUUGCUCAGCGUUAUAAAAAAGUUGGUGAAUGUGUUGGAUCACUUAGUUUGAUUACUCAUAUGGACUGGUCCUCAGACAGUAGAUAUUUACAGACAAAUGAUGGAAGUGGGAAAAGACUCUUUUAUAGGAUGCCAGGAGGAAAAGAAGUGACAAAUAAAGAAGAAAUAAAAGGUGUUCAUUGGGCUUCAUGGACAUGUGUUUCAGGCCUUGAAGUAAAUGGAAUUUGGCCCAAGUAUUCAGAUAUCAAUGAUAUAAAUUCAGUAGAUGGAAAUCAUAUUGGUCAAGUUUUAGUUACAGCUGAUGACUAUGGAAUAGUAAAGUUAUUCCGAUAUCCAUGUUUAAGAAAAGGGGCCAAGUUUAGAAAAUAUUUUGGCCAUUCCGCUCACGUAACUAAUGUCAGAUGGUCACAUGAUUAUCAGUGGGUUAUUUCUAUUGGUGGAGCAGAUCACUCUGUCUUUCAGUGGAAGUUUAUUCCAGAAAGAAAACUGAAAGAUGCUCUUCACAUUGCACCCCAAGAAAGUCUGGCUGAUUCUAACAGUGAUGAGUCAGAUUCAGAUCUGUCUGAUGUUCCAGAACUGGAUUCUGAAAUUGAACAAGAGACACAGCUCACCUACCGACGGCAGGUUUACAAAGAAGAUCUACCUCAGCUUAAAGAGCAAUGCAAAGAGAAGCAAAAGAGUGCUACUUCUAAAAGAAGAGAGCGGGCUCCAGGAAACAGUAUCCGCUUACACUUUGUUCAUGGUUACAGAGGUUAUGACUGUCGAAGUAAUCUGUUUUAUACUCAAAUUGGUGAAAUUGUGUACCAUGUGGCAGCAGUGGGUGUCAUUUAUAAUCGACAACAGAAUACACAGCGUUUUUACCUAGGUCAUGACGAUGAUAUUCUCUGCCUGGCUAUUCAUCCUCUGAAAGACUAUGUGGCAACAGGCCAGGUGGGUAGGGAUCCUUCGAUUCACAUAUGGGAUACAGAAACCAUUAAGCCAUUGUCAAUAUUGAAGGGCUACCACCAAUAUGGUGUCUGUGCUGUUGACUUCUCAGCGGAUGGGAAACGUUUGGCUUCAGCUGGGAUAGAUGACAGCCACACUAUCGUGCUAUGGGAUUGGAAGAAAGGAGAGAAACUUUCAUUAACAAGAGGAAGUAAAGAUAAGAUUUUUGUUGUAAAGAUGAACCCAUAUGUGCCUGAUAAACUAAUUACAGCUGGAAUUAAACACAUGAAAUUCUGGCGUAGAGCAGGGGGAGGAUUGAUUGGAAGAAAAGGCUACAUAGGCACUCUGGGGAAAAGUGACACAAUGAUGUGUGCAGUGUAUGGAUGGACUGAAGAGAUGGCUUUUUCUGGAACAUCUACAGGAGAUGUGUGUAUCUGGAGAGACAUCUUUCUUGUAAAAACAGUUAAAGCGCAUGAUGGGCCAGUGUUCAGUAUGCAUGCAUUAGAAAAAGGAUUUGUAACUGGAGGAAAAGAUGGUGUGGUAGCUCUUUGGGAUGAUACCUUUGAAAGAUGUCUCAAGACAUAUGCUAUAAAAAGAGCUGCAUUGGCUCCAGGAUCUAAAGGCCUUCUCCUAGAAGAUAACCCAUCUAUCCGUGCCAUAUCAUUAGGACAUGGUCAUAUUUUAGUUGGCACAAAGAAUGGUGAAAUACUGGAAGUGGAUAAAAGUGGCCCAAUAACACUUCUGGUCCAGGGACACAUGGAAGGUGAGGUGUGGGGUUUGGCUACACAUCCUUAUCUGCCCAUUUGUGCCACUGUAAGUGAUGAUAAAACCUUAAGAAUAUGGGAUCUCUCGCCUAGUCAUUGUAUGCUGGCUGUCCGGAAACUGAAAAAGGGUGGGAGAUGUUGCUGUUUUUCUCCUGACGGUAAAGCUUUAGCUGUAGGUCUCAAUGAUGGAAGUUUCUUAAUGGCAAAUGCAGACACUCUAGAGGAUCUUGUAUCUUUUCACCACAGAAAAGAUAUUAUUUCAGAUAUUCGAUUUUCACCCGGGUCUGGGAAAUAUCUAGCUGUAGCAUCCCAUGACAGCUUUAUAGAUAUAUACAAUGUAAUGAGUAGUAAGCGAGUCGGAAUCUGCAAAGGAGCUACCAGUUACAUAACCCAUAUCGACUGGGAUGUUGGAGGAAAGCUUCUACAGGUCAAUACUGGUGCUAAAGAACAGAUAUUCUUCGAAGCUCCCAGAGGGAAAAAACAAAACAUCCCCAGUGUGGAGGUAGAAAAGAUUAGUUGGGCAUCAUGGACAAGUGUGCUUGGUUUAUGCUGUGAAGGAAUUUGGCCAGUAAUUGGAGAAGUCACAGAUAUAACUGCCUCUUGCCUCACCAGUGACAAAGUGGUCCUAGCUACUGGUGAUGAUCUGGGAUUUGUCAAGUUAUUUAGAUAUCCUGCGAAAGGAAAAUUUGGAAAGUUUAAGAGAUAUAUGGCCCAUAGUACGCAUGUCACAAAUGUUCGCUGGACUUACGAUGACAGCAUGUUGGUUACCCUAGGAGGUGCAGAUAUGUCUUUAAUGGUGUGGACGAAUGAAAUGGAAGGCUAUCGAGAAAAAAGGCCUUGUGAUAGUGAAGAAUCCGAUAUUGAUUCUGAAGAAGAUGGGGGCUAUGACAGUGAUGUUACAAGGGAGAAUGAAAUCAGUUAUACCAUCAGAGCCUUAUCAACAAACAUUCGCCCAAUGUUUGGAACCAAGCCUCAUUUGCAGCAAAAAGAGCCUUCAAUUGAUGAGAGGCCACCGGUGAGCAGGGCCCCACCUCAGCCGGAGAAACUCCAGACAAACAAUGUUGGCAAGAAAAAGAGACCCAUAGAGGAUCUCGUGCUGGAGCUUGUUUUCGGUUAUCGGGGCAGAGACUGCAGGAAUAAUGUUCACUAUUUAAAUGAUGGUGAUGAUAUAAUUUAUCACACAGCGUCUGUUGGAAUUCUGCACAAUGUUGCCACAGGAACUCAGAGUUUUUAUCAGGAACAUAAUGAUGACAUUCUGUGCCUCACUGUAAAUCAGCACCCCAAGUUUAUCAACAUUGUGGCAACUGGCCAAGUAGGUGACUCAGCAGACAUGUCAGCUACAGCGCCUUCUAUCCACAUCUGGGAUGCGAUGAACAAGCAGACUUUAUCUAUACUAAGAUGCUACCAUUCAAAGGGAGUGUGUUCAGUCAGCUUCAGUGCCACUGGCAAACUCUUGCUGUCCGUGGGACUAGAUCCUGAACACACCAUUACUAUCUGGAGAUGGCAAGAAGGUGCCAGGAUCGCCAGCAGAGCUGGUCACAAUCAGCGCAUCUUUGUGGCAGAGUUCCGCCCAGACUCAGACACCCAGUUUGUCUCUGUGGGAGUUAAACACGUGAAGUUCUGGACGUUGGCAGGAAGGGCUCUUCUUAGCCGAAAAGGGCUCCUGAGCACGCUGGAGGACGCCCGGAUGCAGACCAUGCUGGCUGUGGCAUUUGGCGCAAAUAACUUGACGUUUACAGGUACCAUCAGUGGAGAUGUCUGUGUGUGGAGAGACCACAUACUGUGUAGAGUCGUGGCCAGAGCCCACAACGGGCCCGUGUUUGCCAUGUACACCACGCUGCGAGAUGGACUUAUUGUCACCGGUGGCAAGGAGAGGCCGUCCAAAGAAGGAGGAGCAGUGAAGCUGUGGGACCAGGAGCUGAGGCGGUGCCGCGCCUUCCGGCUGGAGACAGGCCACAGCACAGACUGCGUCCGCGCCGUGUGCAGAGGCAAAGGCAAGAUACUAGUUGGGACAAGGAAUGCUGAAAUAAUUGAAGUUGGAGAGAAGAACGCCGCCUGUAACGUUUUAGUUAACAGCCACGUGGAUGGGCCGAUCUGGGGACUAGCGACACAUCCUUCCAAGGAUUUCUUCCUCUCUGCUGCGGAGGAUGGGACCGUGCGACUCUGGGACGUUGCUGAUAAAAAGAUGUUAAACAAAGUGAAUUUGGGACAUGCUGCCCGUACUGUGUGUUAUAGCCCUGAAGGGGACAUGGUGGCUAUUGGAAUGAAAAAUGGAGAAUUUAUUAUUUUAUUGGUGAGCUCUCUAAAAAUAUGGGGAAAGAAGAGAGAUAGACGAUGUGCAAUCCAUGAUAUCAGGUUCAGUCCAGAUUCCCGAUAUCUGGCAGUGGGUUCUAGUGAGAACUCGGUGGACUUUUAUGACCUAACAUUGGGCCCGGCUCUGAACAGAAUCAGCUACUGCAGAGACAUCCCGAGCUUUGUCAUUCAGAUGGACUUCUCUGCAGACAGCAGCUAUCUCCAGGUCUCCAGUGGCUGCUACAAACGGCAUGUUUAUGAAGUGCCUUCAGGAAAACCUCUUCUGGACCAUGUGGCCAUUGACAGGAUUACAUGGGCCACGUGGACUAGUACUUUAGGAGAUGAAGUUAUGGGAAUCUGGUCCAGACAUACGGAGAAAGCUGACGUCACCUGUGCCUGUGUGUCUCACUCGGGAAUCAGCCUUGUAACAGGGGAUGACUUUGGCAUGGUUAAAUUAUUUGACUUCCCAUGUCCAGAAAAAUUUGCAAAGCACAAAAGGUUCUUGGGUCAUUCGCCCCACGUGACGAACAUCCGAUUUACCAGUGGUGACCGACACGUUGUUAGUGCUGGAGGUGAUGACUGCAGUUUAUUUGUCUGGAAAUGUGUACAUGCGCCUCACUGAAAGACCUGGAUGCUGAGAAGACCACACGAGAUUAACAUUAAGAGACCACAAUUAAAGAAGAAGAAAACCUAAAACCAAAACCUGCAUGGCCAAGUGGUGCUAACCCAAGACUGUAACUGAAAGAAUCAUCAAAAGGGUCAAUGUUCACAAUGUAUGGUAUGUGCGUUGCUAACUGUCCAUAAUCUGCACACUGCCAGAAAACAUAUUUCAAGGAAGGACUGAAUACUUGAUAAAACCAGCCUCCCCCUCUCAUGGGGAAUGUGCAAAAUACUGAGGACACAGCAUUCCUCAAAACUUGGAUACUUUUCAUCUUUUUAGCACUUGUAUUUUGUUUUCACCGUUCACUUGCACUUCCGAGAGGAAAGGAUCAGCUUUUAAGAAACAAAGAGGGCCGGCGACGAGGCUCACUAGGCUAAUCCUCUGCCUUGCAGCGCCGGCACACCGGGUUCUAGUCCCGGCCGCCCCUCUUCCAGGCCAGCUCUCUGCUGUGGCCCGGGAGUGCAGUGGAGGAUGGCCCAAGUCCUUGAGCCCUGCACCCGCAUGGGAGACCAGGGGAAGCACCUGGCUCCUGCCAUCGGAUCAGCACAGUGUGCCGGCCGCGGCGGCCAUUGGAGGGUGAACCAACGGCAGAGGAAGACCUUUCUCUCUGUCCACUCUGCCUGUCAAAAAAAAAAAAAAAAAAAAAAAAAAACAAACCAGGAGCUGGACACCAGUGUUCCUGGAGAACAUGAAGUCCUUUGAUAAAGGACACUUUCCUCCCUGUGGUUCUGAAUUGAGGCAGAUUCUAAAUCAGCAGUAUAUGACUGUUGUAUUUUCAUUUUUUUCAGCUGUAAACCUUUUAUGUUCAGAGGUCAUCUCUAUAACUGAAGUUUUAAAACACGAUUGUAGCCUCAUUAAUGGGAAAGUAGUUAUGAAUUAUCAUUUCCAAUGGUGUACAGUUUUUUAAAUGUUUUAGAUAGCAGUAGUAACUACUGGAAGAAAAUACUGUAUAUUUAAUAUAGUCUCUAACAUAUAAACACUUAACAUGUAAAAACAUUAAAUUCACAUUUGCAACGCUAUAUAAUUUAAUAACUCUUGGAAUCAAAUUUUAUAGUUUUUUAAUAUUGGGAAAACUUGUUUAGUUAGAUGUACGUCACCCUAUAGGCUAUUUCCAAAAUGAAUGAAUCCAGGUCCGUUUGCAGACUGAAUGAGAAUUCCUUCUCGGUAGACGGGGGCAGGAUUUCUAGCUCGGGAUCCUUCCCCCGUGAAAUGCUGCCAAAGAUCAGCACUCUCAGCACUCAGGGCGGUGCUGCUAGCCUCCCUCUAGUUCCCUGAAGACUGAAAACUGCACACAUGGAUGUCUGAAGAUAGAUUCUUCUAAGUGUGGGAAGUUGAAGAUGCUCUACUGGUCCAAUGGAAUUUUAACUGUUAGCUAUCUAUGACGCAUAAUCGAUCCCCUCAGGUUUCUAUAACCCUAGUUUGGCUUGACAAGAUAAAUGAAGAUUCCUAACACUUUGUGCAUACAAAAAACAGAAAAUACUAAAUUUUACCACAGAAAGCCUAACCAGUGACUGAAUCUGGUCAGUUUUAAAGCUCUGAAUAGCUGUGUCUGAAGGAGUGACUGAGAGGUUAAGCAACUUUAAGCCAAAUGCUACAGUAUGUUAAAUUUAUAAAAUAUAUGAACAGAAAGAAGCAGACAAAACACUGAACUCCCUGAACCACCUUUCCAUAAAAAGAAAAAUACUCAGAAGUUUGAGCCACUGCAGUUUUUAAGUUUUCUGUGGUGUUUCCAAUUUUGACUUUCCAUUUCUGUGCACAUAAGAACUAUAACCAUAAGUAAAUGGUAUGGGAUAAAACUCUUCCUCUGCAGUUUGUCCUUCCAAGAGGCCAACCUGAUAAGUUAGCCUUAAUUUUCACCAAGGAAAGAUGAAGAAGCAUGACAGGCCACACAGAAUUUGCCCUAUGUUUUUUUCUAACCCAGAGAAUUUUUUUUGUGUGCAGUAUGACAAGAUCCUAAAUUCGUACCCUGAGAGUUCUGGCACCUUCAUGGCACUUAUAUACACACACCACCAAAGCACACUGCACACUCUGCUGGCAAACCAUGCUCAUACCCUUUUUUGUUAACGUUUUUUAUGGUAGUUCAUUUUAGACCAAUCACCCAACACAUGUUUUUUAAUUACAGUGGUUGUGGACAACUUAAAGACAAAACUCUUAAAUGUGUUUCUGGGCAGUGUCUAACAGGAAAAAUUCAUCAGAUUUUAGCAUGUCGUAUCUUUACAGUGGCUGAAGUAAACCAUUUAAGCCGUUGUUUCCCAUUCAUGUUCUAUAGAAUAGAACUAUGAGAACGCAACUAUAUAGCAUUUAUAAAGUCUGUUUCCAGAAAAUUUUGCAAAGCAUCCUAACAAUGGAAUGAAUAAAAUGCCUUAAAUUCCAGAGAAAACUUUGAGGAUGAAGUGGAAUUGUCAUUUCACUCAAGCCUACACUCAACAGCUUUAUGCCCUUUGUGCUGUAUUUACUUUUCUGGUGUUUCAAGUCUUUGUUUUGGGAUCAGCACAGCCAAGUACAACUUACCAAAUGGUUUCAUGACUGGUUAAAUUCUUUUCCAUUGGGAGGAGAAAGCAAUGGGCACAACAGGAAGACGGCAGGCUUUAUCAUCUGAAACAUGGACUUCACAUGUGUGGAUUUAGUAGCCACCAGUAUAUGACUAAGCAAGUCAAUCACCUAUUUUUUUUUUAAUAGUUUAAUUUGGUCCUGAAAAUGUCUAAUACUUUUUAACCUUUAAUUUUAAAAAUCACUGAUACAUCAAGUCUUUGAAAUUGGUGAUCCGUUUGUUACUCAAUUCUAAAGCAUUUGACACUUCUUGCCUUAACAAUUUUAAAAAUCCCAUAGAAAAAAUUAACACAGGCCAAAAGUUUCUUUUGAUUUUUUGGUUUACCCAUCUGAUCUCUGUAAUUAUACAGUUCUGUCAUUGAAAAUAUACUAUUUAAUUUUUACAUUUCAAAAGUUAUCUUCUAUAGUACCUAUAUUUUCUGUGGUAUUCUGAGAAGUUAUUUUUCAGAAUGUGAAAUUUUAUGUGUAUUUAUAAUAUUGUGUUUAAAGUCUGUUUUCUGAUACCUUAUGUAUAUACCUGUAAAAAUUUUGUAUAAUUUUGUGAUAAUAUAGUUCCCCAAAAAUUUAUUUGAAAAGUAUAUGUUAAAUAUAUUUUAAGGAACUGAUAUUUUUUGCAUUCCAACUAUUUCCAUCCUAUAUACCCAUUUCACAGAAUGCGAGAGACUUAGGGACCAUUUUACCAAAGUGGCACUCAACCCAAGAGGCCUGUACUAUCUCAUUCAUUUAAAAAUUAAAAAGAAUUGAAUGAUUUUAAA